GUAUGGAGAACCAUGUUGGUGAGAGGACGGUGAAUAUAUUUGGGAAGGUGUUCCCGAGGGAUGCAUUCAUAUGUCGUCUUUUUUAUUUAUCAUUUUUCGCCAGUUUCGGAAGUUUGUUCCCACUUCUAGCAGUUUAUUUCAAGCAGUUGGGAAUGACAGCGGCCCAGGCUGGCUUCCUCAUCGGCUCAAGACCCAUCGUGGAGUUCCUUUCUGGACCAUUUUGGAGCCAAUUUGCCAGUCGUUUCAGAAAGCAAAAGCUUCUGCUUUUGUUCUCAUUGGGAUCCCUAGUGCUCUUCACUUUGGGAAUUGGACUAGUUCAACCAGUAACUCCGUAUUGUAUAGUCUACGUGCCAGAAGGCAAUAAAACAUGCCAAACUAUGUUAGCCCCGGCUGGAAAAAUCAUUCGAGGUGGAGCUCUUGGAAUGCUCAAAGAGACACUUGUUGGUGGAUCAACUAGACCUGCCAGGCAGAGGAGGCAAACUCAGAGUCCGCUCGUGGAAAAAAUUAUCGAUUUGAGCUCAUUUGAUAGUGAAGAAGAUACAGUUGCUGGAAUUGCACCGGAGUAUAUCACAAGGGAUAGGGUUUGCAACUACAACGAAGACAACUAUGGAAUCCUUGUCUCACCUCCUCACUCAACUCGUGUCUACCGUCAACCAGCAGUUGAACAAGCUUUCAUGCUUCUUCUCAUUCUUAUCUGCCUUUGUGAAUUCUUCUCAGCUCCUGCUUUACCUCUAGCAGACGCAGCAACUCUACACUCGGUACGGGAUAAUCCAGCCGAAUUCGGAAAGAUUCGAUUGAUGGCAUCAGUUGGUUGGGGAUUCGCUAUGUUCAUUAUGGGAAUAGCACUCGAUUAUUCGGAUACAUUCCGAAAUCAUCCAUGUCCUGCUGAAAAUACAACAGAGAAAAAUUAUACGUUAUGUUUCGUAAUGUGUGUCAUAUUUAUGUUGGCUGCCAUGGGAUUGGCCAGUAAAUUCAAGUUUGAUGAUGAUGUUCCCGCACCCGGAGAGGUUCAUGGAUUGGUUAUGGAUACGAGAGAAGCUGAAGUUUCACAUGUUGUUGCUGAGAAAGCAAGGGCGAGAAUCACGCAGUCGGAAGGUGGUGGUGGAAGUGAAAAUAGUCUACUGCUUGCAAUGAAGGCUCUUGCAAGUAUGCAUAUUCUUCUAUUCUUCGUAUCAGUCGUUGUGAUGGGCGGUGGAGCUGGUUUGGUGUUCAGUUUCCUUUACUGGCAUCUUCAGGACAUUGGAGGAUCACCGGUGCUUUUUGGAAUUCUAUCUGUGGUCAAUCACGCAUCCGAGAUUAUCACAUAUUUCUAUGUUUUCAAACUGAUUAAUAAGUAUGGACAUGUCCGCGUCAUGUACCUGUGUCUGGCUGUCAAUUUCUUCCGUUUCAUGGCACUCUCAAUUCUUGAUAAUCCAUGGAUGGUCCUUCCACUUCAGAUCUUGCAGGGAGCUUGCCUCGCCACUGUCUGGUCUUGCGCAUCAUCGUAUAUUUCGCUUGUUGCUCCACCACACGCCAAACAACAUGCUCAAUAUGCUCUUCAAGUAGGGUAUCACGGAAUUGGAAAAGGUCUCGGAUCAAUAAUUGGUGGAUCCGUGAUCUCGAUCAUUGGAACACGAACAACUUUUGUGAUUUAUGGAUUGAUUUGUCUUGCGACAUGUGCUGGAAGUUUUGGUCUGAAUAAGCUGUUCAAGUAUGAAGGAAUCAAGUAUGGAGCUGGGAAUUUCGAAGAAGAAGAUAUGGAUAUUAUGGCACCACAAGGAGUCCCGAUGGCUCGGGAUGGAAAAAUCACAGAUGCUUUCAAUGCAACUACCGUAGUCAAUGCAAACUAUGGUGCAAUUGCUCAAGAAGAUCCAACACAGGAUGCUUAUGAUAGAUAUGUAUCCACGACACGUUAGAUCGAAGAUGCUUAGGCUGUAUUUGAAAAAUAACAAAAAAGCAAUACAACAAAAUCCACGACAACCAAUACAAAAUCGCCUUAGAUCUCACCUAGUUUUACUUAUAAAAAAGCAAUAAGUCAUGAUUUCUAUUUAUAUUUAACUUAUUUUUUGUCACUUUGAAUUUGAAUAAAAACUGUU